ACGCGCGAUCCUCAUCAAUCGUGUUCGAAAUCGGUUCUCACUGUCAACCGUGGGUUGCACGACGGUCAAGCCCGAUCACCCAGAGCAUCGCGUUCAUCUCGUGCACCUCAAGAAGCCGAGACUACAUUCUGCCAUAUCCAACUGCGCACGGCUCCGCCGAGAUCGUCGCCAUCUUCGCAUGUCUUGCUUCCUGGCCACAAGAUGAUGCCACGGCAUCACACUAGCGGAUUUGCCAAUGGCUAUCCUAGCGGAAAUACUUUUGACAUCUCUCCUCAUAGAUUCCAGCCUCGAAGCUCCGCCCCAGCAAACCGUCGUCGAAGAAAGAUACUGAUCCGUCUUGCCGCGGUCACCACAACAGUCUUCGUCUUCGGUCUGUGGUUGUGGCCCUCGAACCCUUUGGUCUCCGUCGUUUCUCUGGGCCUGUUGUCCACGACCGCCAGUCUCGAGCUCGAAACCGUGCGCUACUACGAUCUAACAAAUGUACAAGGCUCCGCUCGUGGCUGGGAGCGGGAGGAGCGCAUCCUCCUCUGCGUUCCUCUUCGGGAUGCCGAACCGCAUCUUCCCAUGUUCUUCUCUCACCUGCGCAACUUCACAUACCCCCACCACCUCAUUGACCUUGCCUUCCUUGUGUCUGACUCCAAGGACCGGACUUUGGAGGUAUUAACCGAGAAUCUUGAACGAAUUCAAGCCGAUCAAGACCCCAAACAGCCCUAUGGCGAGGUGUCCAUUAUUGAGAAGGAUUUUGGCCAAAAGGUCAAUCAGGAUGUGGAGAGUCGCCAUGGAUUUGCCGCCCAAGCCAGCCGUAGAAAGCUUAUGGCGCAGGCGCGAAACUGGCUGCUCAGCGCUGCCCUGCGUCCAUAUCAUUCGUGGGUAUACUGGCGUGAUGUCGACGUUGAGACGGCGCCCUUCACAAUUUUAGAAGAUCUCAUGCGCCAUAACAAAGAUGUUAUUGUCCCUAACGUUUGGCGGCCCUUGCCUGACUGGCUCGGCGGCGAACAGCCCUACGACCUAAAUUCGUGGCAAGAGUCAGAAACAGCGCUGGCUUUGGCCGACACACUGGAUGAAGAUGCUGUCAUAGUCGAGGGCUAUGCAGAGUAUGCCACGUGGAGGCCGCAUCUGGCUUACCUUCGUGAUCCUUACGGCGACCCUGACAUGGAGAUGGAAAUUGACGGCGUGGGAGGCGUCAGCAUUCUCGCUAAGGCAAAGGUUUUCCGUGCCGGCGUCCACUUUCCCGCAUUCAGCUUCCAGAAACACGCUGAGACUGAGGGUUUCGGAAAGAUGGCUCGGCGUAUGCAAUACUCGGUUGUCGGCCUACCCCACUAUGUUAUCUGGCAUCUGUACGAGCCGAGUGUCGACGACAUCAAACACAUGGAGGAAAUGGAACAAGAGCGGCUUGCUCGGGAAAAGGAGGAGCAGGAGAAAAAGGCGAAAGAGCAGAAGAUCAAAGAGGAAUUCGGAGACACGAACUCGCAAUGGGAAAAAGAUAAGCAGGACCUUAAAGAGCAGCAGCAGCAUCAGAAACCUCGAGAUGCUGGGACAGGGGACAUGCGCGAUGGAGCAGUAGGAAAGGCAGCUGGUGCGGCAGUAGCGAGAGGCGCUAAUAUAUAGCUUAAACCCUCUUCUUUAUUAAUACUAUAUAUAAGUCUUCUUAAAAUUUAGAAAAAUAUACUAGGAAAUAGUAGCUUAUAUAAUUGCUUUAUAG